AUGAACAUAGCAUUUGAUUAAAAUACAUGCAUUGAUACUAAUCUUAAAAUUUCACUUCAUAUGCUUCUUUUUGCUCAAUUAAUAAAUAGCUUUACUGUUAAAGGUGAAAUAGAAACAAAACAAGAGGAGAAUGAGGAAAAGGAGAAGGAAGUAGGAUAUCAAGAAAGUUUAAAGCUAAAUAAGAAUAAUACUACAAAUGAAAUAACACAGAGCAACAACUUCUGCCACAUAUUUCCAGGUCAGAGUAAAAAUUAUUACAAGAAUAUGGGAUAAAAGUUAGCCCAUUUUAUACUUUAAGAGUUCUCUGAUGAUAAAGAGAUCAUUUAAGAACCAGCGAUAAAAAAAUUCUUAAAAAUGGAGUGCCAGAAAUUCAAUAGGAAUUCCAUAAAGUUGUUGAUCAAAUCUAAGAAGGGAAAAAAGAUUUGUAGGUUGUUUUUCGCUUAAUAUAAAUGGGUAAAGCCCUUUGUGGUGUAAAAUAAAACUGACCUUGGUUUGAGCUUUCGAUAUAAUAAAUUGAUGUAUUUGAAGUCCAAAAGUACAUUAGAGAAGGCUAAUAGAGUUGAAGAUAUAUAAAUUAAGUAAGAAGAUUGACUUUCUUUAACCACUAUCAUUAUAAAUUUAAUUUUAAGAUGUAUUGAUGUUCAAUUAGUCUCAUUUAUAAUUAAUAUCCCAUAAAAACCAUAUAUAUAAAUUGACUAUGAUAUAUUCUAAG